GGGAGGCGCUGCAGGCUCCGGGCCGCCCCUGGGGGUCCCGCCGACGCCCCUGCGCAGCCCCUGGCCGCAGCGCCCCCGUCCCCGGCCGCCGCCCGCCCGCGGGGAGCCCCAAGGCCGUGGGAAGCGAAAGUGAAAGUCCUGCGGGAGGCGCGCCCCGGGGAGCGAGCGGUGAGCGGGCCCGGGCGUCCGCCUCCGGGUUCCCGCCGCCUGAGGGCCCCGCCGCUCGUCCAGACGGACGCCCGCCCUGCGCCCGAGGUAAUCAUGGCAGAAGAUGAACACAGGGAAAAACGAGUUUUUUUGGAUCGUUGGUCAAAUGGAGAAGUAACGAAAAAUGAACUAAGAAAGAGAUUAACUGACAGACUCACAAAGGAAAAUAUUCAACUAAAGGAGGAGAUCCAAAGGCUCGAAGCUGAGUUACAAGAGGCCACCAGAAACUCCCAGAUUAAAGAGGAUAUUCCUGAAACAAAGGUGAAGUUCACAUCUUUAGAGAACCCUGAGACUGAGAGCCAGUUUUUAAACAUCUCCUGUUCAUUUCAAGUGAGCUCGCCAAUUUUUUAUGAGCUGCAGAAAGGGCAAGCUCUUAUCACCUUUGAAAGAGAAGAAGUUGCCCAAAAUGUCAUCAAGAUGGGGAAACAUCAUAUACGGAUAGAAGAUAUAGAUGUGGAGGUUGUGGCCAAGCCAGUUCCAUUAAAUUCAGGAGUCAGAUUCCAGGUCUGUGAAGAAGUGUCUAAGGUGAAGAUCAAUGUUAGUGAAAUUCCCGACGCACUGCCUGAGGACCAGAUGAGAGACAAGCUGGAACUGAGCUUCUCUAAGUCCCGGAACGGAGGUGGAGAAGUGCUGUGUGUGCAGUACCAUAGGCCAUCCCGCAGUGCCGUGGUCACCUUUAUGGAGGCUGGAGUUGCUGACAAGAUUUUGAAAAAGAAAGACUAUCCACUUUAUAUAAAUGAAAACUGCUACAACGUCAUUGUUUCUCCAUACACAGAAACACAUUUGAAACACUUUCAGAUGUUUUUGGGAAUAUCGGAAAGGACGGUGCUUCUGACUGGGAUGGAAGAUCUUCAGAUGAUGGAUGAAGAAAUUUUGCAGGAUUUAGUUAACAUUCACUUUCAGCGGGAGAAGAACGGAGGUGGAGAAGUAGAAGUGGUCAAAUGUGCUCUAGACCAACCUUGCAUAGCGUACUUUGAAGAAUAGAGGCAGGAGAUUAUAUGGCUGGUAGAGCCUCUGAGCCCAAAUCACCAUCAAUAUGUGACAAAAAUAAAUAUCCUUUUCCUUUAAGGAUAUUAA